AUGAGUUUGCUAAUAAAUCCCAGUUUUCAGACGGCGAUUGCCCUAGCAAUGGCACAAGAAUUGGGCGAUAAAAUGCCAUUUUGCCCGAUGGUUGGCUCAGAAGUGUAUUCGUCUGAAGUGAAGAAAACUGAAGUACUCAUGGAAAAUUUUCGCCGUGCAAUUGGUACUUUCUCUAUGCUAUGUUUGCGUGUGAGGGAGAAGAAAGAAGUGUACGAAGGCGAGGUCACUGAAUUGGUUCCGGUAGAAAACGAGAAAGCAACAGGUGGCUACGGCAAAACGAUAUCACACGUUUUGAUCUCUCUGAAAACAGUGAAAGGAAGCAAGCAGCUGAAACUGGACCCAGCAAUCUACGACACCAUACUGAAGCAAAAAAUUGAAGUUGGCGAUGUCAUACACAUCGAAGCGAACAGUGGUGCUGUUAUGGUUAGUGCUACUUUUGAUCAGCUCUUCUCCUAG